AAAAAUUCAUAUUGUGCUGUCUCACUUUGAUGGUAAUCUCGUGCGGUAACCAUUUCCAAUAAUUAACCAAAACAAUCGCUGGGAUUUUUUUAAAUAUGGGUGGGAGCUUAAAUGUAUUUUGCUAGAGAAUUUCACGUUUUUUGUCUUAUUUCUCAACUUAUUAAUAUUAUUAUCAUCAUCUAAUAUUAUUUAGUAAGUUUAAAAAAAAUCAUAAAUGGCGAAUUCAACAGUGCAAUAUGUUUUGCUUAGAAGUGACUUACUCAAAGAGUUAGGGUGGUCAAUAGGCGCUCUGGUGGCUCAAGCAUGUCAUGCAUCUACGGCAGUGCUACAUUUAUUCAAGGACGAUGAAUACACAAAAAUGUAUUUGCAAGAUUUGGAUAAUAUGCACAAGGUGGUUUUAGAGGUACCGAAUGAAGAAACCUUGAAGAAGGUUGCUGUCAAGUUAACAGAGAACUCUAUAGAUCACAAGCUAUGGAUUGAACAGCCUGAAAACAUACCUACGUGUUUAGCAAUCAAACCCUAUCCUAAAGAUGAAGUAAAAAUAGUUUCAUUUCCUAAUAUUAAAUUCAUCAUCAAAACUUAUUUAGAUUUUGAGGUUCGUUUUCUGUAUAGUAUAACUCUACAGGUUUAUGUAAAAACUUGCUACUCUAAAAGAAUUACUAAGUUUGAAAAGUUCAAUUGUCAACAUUUUAUAACAAGGAAACUGAACAUCCUUGAUGACUCAUUGGUUAGCACAAUUUUACUGUUGGUUCUAGUCUGGUUGUUUUGGGUUAUAAUAUUUGAAUUUGAAUAAUCUUUUAUUUCUAACUAAAGUUCAUGUUUUGUUAGUGGCAAUUUCUUGUUCUAUGGUAGUAACAAUGAAUUUUAAUUAAUUAUUUAAUAUUAUACAUGGCGACUCUGGAACACAUGUGACACUCAUUCCAGUGCCUUACUAUCAGGCAUUCUAUUCGCUCCAAAAUGGUGUUGGUGGUGGAGACCGUUGGUGCUGUAUCUCACGCGCUGCAUCACCGAGCUCCAUUUGCUCAGGAUAGUCUGGAAACUAUCAACACGCGUCUCGGCAAACAUAGCACUGCAGAAUCGGUAAUACCCCGUAGUUAAUUUUGUUGCUCUGCUACUCAUAGUGUAGGGAAUUCCCUAAUUUUUAAUCAGGUAAUUUGUUUGACAUACAAUUGUCUGUUCUUUACAUAUGUAUAGUAAGUUAUAUCCAAGUGUUAGUUCUAGUUAGUUACGCAGAAGUAUUCAUCUGGAACAUAAUAAUUUUCCACUGUGGUUUGUGAUAAAUAUAAUUAAUAUUCAACAAUGCUUUUUCCUGUAAUUCUUGAGAUUAUUACUUUCUGUAAUUACAUUAAGAUUACAUAGUUAAUUGUUUCCUGUAGCAGCUUGUAACUUCAUAGUGAGUUUUUCUUGUAUAAAGACAUGUUUGUUGCUCCACAUACUUGUAGAGCAUAUUGUAUUUAUAGCUGUCCAGAAAAGCGGCUUAUCACAAAAACAAACAAUUUUGGUUUAAAAAACGCAUAUUAUUAUCUGGCGCGCUAAGCCGACGAAUCUCAAGUAGGUACAGGCUUAAUGUUGUCAUGUGAUUUUUUUUACUGAAGGAAAGACUUGACACUCAGAAAACGUAUAGGUAACUUAAACUGUAUAAUUAAUAAGUCUUGAGAAGUAGCGAUGUAGGAUCUUAGGCUGCUAACAGAUGGACUGCACGUCUGCAGUUAAUGCGUGUUGUUGAAACUUCGACUUCGGGUAGUAGACUUCAGAUGCCUUUAGUCAAGACUUCAACUGCAUGCAGCAGAAGUGAACGAUUAGAGGUGGCUGCUUUUUAAAAUAAACACAUAAGCACGCUUUUUAUUGUAAGCGUAAGCGUUGGUCAGUUCUAUACUCAACAAUUUCAUUUUUUACAACGACGUGCCUAAGGUUCAAGUCCCGCCGUUUAUGUUUCCUAAACAGGUUACUUAAUUCGU